AUGCCACUGUUGGGAACCAAGAAGAGCAGGAUAGUUAUGACAUGCCUGGCAGGACUGCCCGUGACCCUUCGGAGCAACCAACUGAUCAAUGGUCUUCGUCAGGAGCACAUUCUGUUGACAAUAACAGAAGUUACUCUUCAAGGGCUGGAACUACGGCUAACUGUUGCUGAAAACUCUUCGGCAGCUCAAGGACGGUUUCAUUAUUCCACGGGCUCAUCAGGCAGGCACAGUCCUACAGUAUCCAUCGGCUUUACGUUCCACUUAAACUCAAAUUGGGCGCUAAUCGUGAGGUACACUCAUUUGCAAAGUAAUCUGAUUCUGGCUAGAAACUUGAUUAAACCCAAGCUGAAUCUAUCUUUUAUGGGUCGUCGGUUGGACCGUCUGGCCCAAACGACCGAUACCGGACAAGCAAGAACAAGUUCUGUUCUGACGGCCAGUUCAGAGUUCUCUGUCUGUGCGGUACUAAGGUUCCCAGUCCGAAUGUCACUAGCUCGCAGCUCCAAAUAA